AUGAGAUCAACAUAAUUUAGAUAGUGUAUUUAGAAAGAAGAGGAAGAUUAAAUUGAUUGUGAUUUUGAUUAUUAAUCUGAACCCUUAUAGAUCUUAUAGACACCUGAUUUUUGUGCUACAAAAUAAAAUGAAGCUCAUUCAUAAGUCUAAUAUUCUUAUUAGAUUCAGCAAACUGAUUAAUAUGGCUUCAAAUCAUAAAUAAAUUGUUAACAUUAAAAGGAUAGAAAAACCUUAAAUGCAAGAGUCGAAAAAUGGAGAUAAAUGAUAAAUGAAUUUGAUAAAUAAAAUAGUCAAUUAAUUAAACAAAGAACUCGGAAAGUAUUCAUAAAUUUAAUUCAAGGGAAUACCUGAUGGAUUAAGAAUCUUAGCUUGGCCACUUCUAGCAAAUAUUAAAAAAGCUAAAGAAUAAACAAAUACUACUUAAAAGAUCAAAUAUUCUGAUUUUUUAACAAAAAAUGAAUUUAAAUUUGAGCAUCAGAUUAGAUUAGAUGUUAAUCGUACAUUUCCUGACAAUGUUAAUUUUUAAGUAUUUCAAUUAUUAAUCUUUAAGGAUUAAACAGUCUUAUCUGAAUCUCUAGUUAAUGUUUUAAAAGCUCUAUCUGAAGCUAUUCCAGAUAUGGGUUAUUGUUAAGGAUUAAAUUUUUUAACUGCUGCUCUCAUUAUGGUUACAAAUGAUGAAAAUGUAAGAAUCCUCCAUAUUCUCAGGCCUUCUGGAUUCUUUAUCGAUUAAUGACCCAUUAUAAUUUAACUGCUAAAUACAAAGAUCCUAAUUCUCUUUAUAGAGAAUUUUAUAUUCUUGAUAAUUUGAUAUCAUAAUAUCAUCCAAAUACUUCUAAAAUACUUAAGCGCCAUAAUAUUGAUUUAUUUUACUUUACAACAGAAUGGUUAUUCUUAUUUAAUUAUUCUUAGGUUUAUUACCAUGUUUUCAACUGCAUUACCAAUAAAUUUAUUUUACAGAGUCUUUGAAAUCUUUUUAAUUGAAGGAGAAAAAACUAUUUUUAGAUGUGCAUUAACAAUUAUUCAUUACAAAGAAUAAAAACUUACUUAAUUAAAUGAUUUUGAAAAUGGACUAUAAUUUCUAAAGUCUAAUCUAGAUUUAUAAUAAUUAGAUUCAAAUUUAUUUAUUAACCUUAUGUUAACUAAAUACAAAUUUUCAAAAACUAUCAUUCAACAAUUAGAUAUAAAGUAUAAAAAAAAUUAAAAAUGA